CGGGCUCUCUGCCCAGGCGCAUGCGCCCGCGCCGCACCGCCAUUGGCGGCUGCUCCCCGCCCCGCGGCGCCGCAGCGUCCCCAGCAGGCCGCUCCCAACAGGCAGUGCGCCGCGCCGAGGUCAAGAUGGCGGCGAGGGCAACGGUUUCAGGAGGUGGCCGCCUGAUGGACAGACUUCGAAAGUGGUACUAUAACGCAGCUGGAUUCAACAAAUACGGAUUAAUGCGAGAUGAUACUUUGUAUGAAGAUGAUGAUGUAAAAGAAGCACUGAAGAGACUUCCAGAGGAUGUUUACAAUGAAAGAAUGUUUCGCAUAAAGAGAGCACUUGAUUUAAGCUUGAAACAUCGCAUCCUUCCAAAAGAACAGUGGGUGAAAUAUGAAGAGGAUAAGCCUUAUCUUGAACCUUACCUAAAAGAAGUAAUCCGUGAACGACUUGAAAGAGAAGCAUGGAACAAGAAAUAACUAUUGAACUACUUCAUGCAAAUAUCCACAUCUUUCUGAUAUUUCUAAAUGUUUGGUUAUUCAAGUCUUCAGGGAAGCACGUGUAAGGCUGAAGGCAUACUUGUUUCAGCUUGUUCACUGAGUCUCUUCAUCCAACUAAAAUAAAUAUGUGAAAGUAUAAAAUCUCCUGGGAAAACUUCUUUAUAAAUGUUAGCAAGCUAAUGUUCAGAUCUUUCCUAUGAGCAUAUACAUUACAUAUUAGCUUAACGGUAUGUAGUCUUCAUUCCAGCUUCUUGAUUCUUACUUCUUUCAUAGUACAGCUGUUUCCUGUAGUUAGAGGGUUAGGUAAGAAACACCCAGAACUGCUGGUUAAGCUGUUAACGUAAAAAGGAGGCGAUAUUUCCUUCAUCUCUUCUCCCUGGAGGUGAGAAUACAGGGCCAGUGCUUGAUGUUGUGUUGGUGUCAUGAGACAGCAGAAUGUAACAGUCUGUGUGUCUAACCACAUAUGUACUACAGUAAUGACAAAUGUAAAUGGUUCCUUAAUCAUAAAAUCAGAGAGUGUUUUUCUAGGUUUUUAUACUGUAUGUGUUGUUAAAGCGUAAAAGAUUAUUUUCAUAUAAAUCUUAAUGUCUGUCUCAUUUCAGCUUAUGAUAUUUUUUUAAAGGAUAAAAGUGGUAUGCAGAUGUGCUUUCUCAAGUAUAAUUAACUUCCCAUUUCUUUUUUUUUCUUGACCUAGAGGAUAUUGUUUGCAGUAAGUGGCAUCAAAUAUUUUAAACUAUUGUGCUAACAGGCUUAACAUUGGAGAUGUGUAAUUCAGGCUCUACUUAAACACAGAAGUGAUUCAGGUGUAUCUGGAAAUACCAACUCUUGCUUGCUGAAGACCUUGAGUUUAAUGGUAGUGUUAAUUUGAGACCUGUUUUGUGUUAUUACACACAAAUUGCAAAGUUUGAGAUCUGUUUUACUGUUCGAUAGUAGUUUUCUGUAUAUAACGUCUAUUUAUUCCAUAUCCCAUGGAUUCCAUGAAUUGAGAUCUUUUUUGUAGUUUGAAUUCACACUUCUAGGCACAUCUAAAUAUCAAAUUAAGAGAAUCUGAGUUAAUAUUGUUAAUCCUGCAGUUUGAUGAUGGGUAUAGCUUAAGUGCUUUUAAUUGUUUUUCAGUGAACCUUUACUUCAUCUAAGUUCCUUUAUUAAAUACACAGUGAAAUACAAGAAUA